AUACUGCUAGCUAUAUAGCAUGCAUCACACAUUGACACACCCUCUCGCGCCCUUCCCAGCAUGGCUUGCUGCAAGCUCUACCAUUCCGUGGUGCUCGCCGUCGCCGUUGUCGUCCUCGCCGUCGGACCGGCCGCGCGGCCCGUUUCAGCCGCGUCGGCGCACCUUCACUUGUACAUGCACGACGUGCUGACGGGCCCGGCGCCGACGGCGGUGCAGGUGCUGAACGGCCCCCGGGGCCACUUCGGCGACACGGUGGUGAUCGACGACGUGCUCACGGAGGGCGCGUCGCGGGCGUCGGCCGCGGUCGGGCGCGCGCAGGGGCACUACAUCUGGGCGUCGACGGGGAACCCGGAGCUGCUGGUGACCAUGAACGUGGUGCUCGAUCACGGGCCCUACGCCGGCAGCUCCGUCACCGUGGUGGGGCGGGACGACAUCGGCGCGCCGGUGCGGGAGCUGUCGGUGGUCGGCGGCACCGGGCAGUUCAGGAUGGCGCGAGGGUACGUGCUGUGGAAGACCGUCAGCCUCGACCACCCCAACGCCGUGCUCGAGCUCGAUGUCUUCGUCAGCGCCUGAGCAAGCUGAGCUGCGCACACGUGGUGGCAAGUUCCGCACAUCGCCGUGUACGGUGUACCGCCAAAUAAGUUUCUAGUACUUUGUGGAGUAUAAUUGCAUAAAUAAACGUACGGUAACGAAAGUGUUAGAGUUAA